ACCAUCUGAUCCUCUAGCAAGUGUGUUUACUCUCCAUGAUGAAGACUCUCUUGGUUUCCACCAUCUCCCUCACGGGGUUCUACUUUUCAGCGUCCUUCAUGCUAACACUUGUUGGACUCGUACUUUUGUCUGUGAUUGGACUCUUGUCUGCCUUAUAUGUACCUUACUUCCAAGAAUUGAUGUCAAAUGACCACCGGCCGCCGGUAGUAGGGUCGACUAUGAAUAUGCUGAUGCACUUCAACCACCUUUUCGAUUAUAUGACCUUGAUUGCUAGGAAGCACCACACUUUCCGUUUUGUCACACCAACACACAGUGAAGUCUAUAUUGCUGAUCCUAUUAAUGUCGAACAUGUUCUUAAAACCAACUUCCCAAACUAUACCAAGGGGGAUUACCACAAAGGGAUAAUGGGAGAUCUUUUCGGCAAUGGGAUAUUUGCAGCAGAUGGAGAUAUAUGGCGUCACCAGCGGAAGCUAGCAAGUUUUGAGUUCUCAACUAAAGUUCUCAGAGAUUUUAGUACUGCUGUUUUCAGGUCUAACACUGCUAAGCUGGUGACAAAGGUUUCAGAAGCAUCUGUCCAUAAGCAAAUUAUUUUUUUACAGGAUCUUUUGAUGAAAUCAACUUUGGAUUCGAUAUUCAAGGUGGGAUUUGGGUUUGAUCUUAAUACUUUAUCAGGUUCAGAUGAGGUCAGUAAUCGGUUUAUGAAAGCAUUUGAUGAUUCAAAUUGUAUCAUCUUCUGGCGAUAUGUUGACCUAUUAUGGAGGGUGAAAAGGUAUCUCAACAUCGGCUCGGAAGCUGCGUUAAAGACAAACAUCAGGGUGAUCAAUAACUUUGUGUAUGAAUUGAUAAACCACAAGAGGGAGCAGAUGAAAAAUGGGAAAUUUGAUGGACAAAAAGACGAUAUAUUAUCGAGAUUUCUGAUCGAGAGCGAGAAGAAUCCUGCAAAUUUGAGUGAUCAAUACUUGAGAGACAUAUCACUUAGUUUCAUCAUUGCCGGGAAGGACACAUCAGCAAACACGCUCACUUGGUUCUUUUACAUGCUCUGUAAACACAAUAUGGUUCAAGAAAAAGUUGCAUUAGAAGUGAAAGAAGCCACCGGAGCAGAGCAUACGUAUUCAAUCGACGAAUUCUCCCACAAGUUAACUGAAGCUGCCCUCGACAAAAUGCAUUAUCUUUAUGCAGCUUUAACCGAGACUCUGAGACUCUAUCCUGCUGUUCCUCUGGACGGCAAGUUUUCAGAGAAAGAUGAUAUUCUACCGGAUGGGUUCAAAAUAAAGAAAGGAGAUGGUAUAAGUUACAUGGCGUAUCCGAUGGGAAGGAUGACAUACAUUUGGGGAGAAGAUGCCGAGGAAUUCCGGCCAGAAAGAUGGCUCUGUGAUGGCAUUUUCCAGCCUGAAAGUCCAUUCAAGUUUCCUGCCUUUCAGGGUGGGCCAAGAAUAUGCUUAGGGAAGGAGUUUGCAUACAGGCAGAUGAAAAUAAUGGCAGCUUUUCUUGUGUUCUUUUUCAAGUUUCAACUGGUGGAUGAGAAUAAGGAAGCUACGUAUAGAACCAUGUUCACCCUUCAUAUGGACAAAGGACUCCACUUAUAUGCUCUUCCUCGUUUGCCUCCUUCCUUGUGAAACUUGCAAUUUCAUGUCAACCGAUUGCUGGUUCUGUAUUUGGGUGUUUAUGACUAAAAAGCAUGUAAAAUGCUGAAUGGUUUUUAUAGAUGUUUUCAAAGUUAUACGGAUGUGAAUAGUAUGCCUGAUGGGAAAGAAUUAUUUUAGUAGGUU